AUGGCGAGCUGCAGGAUUGACAAUUUCUGGUUCACCACGUUCCACUCUGUAAUCAACUCAAUAUCUCAAAUACGCAGUGAAUUCAGCAUUAACGUCCAGUCUAGUGACUGGAUUCAGUUGGCAAGUCUCCCGCAAGUACAAAAGCCUGCAGAUCAAAACCUUUUCUUGACAGCUGGCAACGACGUAUACGAUAGCUUUGCGGACGUCCACUCCCUCCUUAAGACCACAAAGCAGGAGGGGAAGGUAAUGAGCAUUGUCAUGUCCUAUGUUUGCCAAUGGCUAAACCGUGAUCCUGCAAGAGUCAGCAAGCGUGACAACAACAAGCCUCUCCUACGCAAGGAUUUCCUGCCAGCUUUGCGGGAGAAGUGCGGCGAUGAUGCGGAGAAGCAGUCUAUAAAACUCCAGGAGCGUCUUUUGGGGUACGUCAGAGACAAAAUGAGCGAUUUCACCAGCCCAGGAAUAGAGCAUUACCUACACGACAUCAGGCAUGGAGAGACAUGCUGA